GUUUUUCGCUCACCUUGCAGAACAACCGCCUGAAUUAGCAUUCAAUACAGUUUCAAGAAGGAAACCAAAGUCUUUUCUUCUGUGGCAGACACCGACGCAACCUGAAGAUAACCCCCGAAAAGACACCCACCCACCUACUCUUCCCCCGCACCUUAGAACGUAGCAGCAGCAACAACAACAAAAAUGGCAACCAAGCUUAACUUUGGACCCGAGUGGAUGCGCAGUGCGCCCGCGUCGAACAAGCCGACAAACCACGGCAGCGCAGCCGGUGACAAGGCGCCCAAUAUUUCUGCCGGUGUCAACCAGCAGCAGCAGCCGUCGUCAUCGUCGCAGCCGGUUGUGGAGGACUUUGUUGUCGACCAGCGUGUGUUCAGCAGCGAGGCUUUAUCGCCAGUCAGCAUGACGGAGAUGACAGCCGAGGAACAGGAGAUCUUCGCUGGUCCCGUCAACAGCAACAUGCCCAAGCGAUACGGGCAGGGCCAGCAAGGCCAGCAGCAGGGUCAGCAGCAGGGUGGAAGACAGAUGUCGCCGUCCAAUUACGCCUCGCGCUCGAGCGGAUACCAUCGCCAGGGCAACGGUAGCAGCGGUGCAGUCGGUAGCAUCCGCGGGCGAACCCGUGGGUAUGGCAGGAAUGAGGACAGCAUUGAGACUGGCAACGCAGGCGGGCUUGCCGACGAUCCAGAUGGCGAGGACGACGGCAACCUGUGGGCUGCGCAGUCGAUUAAUCGAGAAAAUGUGGGGAUGUUUGGUGCUGACGGCGUUUUCCGAAUGGGUGGUGGAGGCGAUGAGGACGAGGCUUUGGAGGGCCCGUCGCGGCGCGAAAGCAUGUGGUCCUCCUCGCACCGCAACACCAGCACGUACUCGUCCCGAGCAGCCUCGCCAAACCCGGCCCUGCUGCGAACCGGCUCGGGUGCUGCUGCUGCUGGUGGCACGCUGCGGUCCUCAAUGGAUGACGGCGGGAUGUGGAGGGACCCAGCGAUCAAGUCGGCGUCGACCACGCCGAUGACGCUCCAGCAAAGGCGUCUGCUGGAGCGUGCGGAGGCCUCGCAGUGGUGGUACCGUGACCCACAGGGCAGUGUGCAGGGCCCAUUCACGGCCGCGCAGAUGCAGGAGUGGCACUCGGGCGGGUAUUUCCCGGCCAACCUGCAGGUAUGCCUCGAGGGUGGCUCAGGGUUCGAGACUCUAAGCAGCCUUGUGUCGAGGGUUGGCGGAAAUCCGAAGCUGUUUCUGUAUGCAGCACUGGCUGUCGAAACACAGCGGCAUCAGGCGAGUCCCAGUAGGAUUAGCUCGCCCGCUACACCUGGCGCGAUCUCGCGUACGGGCAGCACCACCAGGCUGUACUCGUCGGCAGCCGAUGAGCAGCCAAUGUCAAUCAACAAGGCCCUUAGCGGUGGCCAGAGUGACGUAAAGCCGUUGGCCACGCAGCAGGGGUUGUCCAGCAACCCUGUCUUUGCUGCGCCCGUCCCGGUCAGUGCGCCGGCCGUCGGUGCGCCUGCUCCGGUGGGUUCGCCUGCGGCUGACCCUCGUCAGGCGGGUGGGUCAUCUACAUUGGCCUCGCCGCAGGCCAACGCUGCGCUUGCCGAUGGAGUUGCGUCGCAGUCGGUACAGCUGGCAAUGCUGCUGAAGGAGCAGCAGGUGUUGGUGUCGGGCAUCGCCGAGUGCCAGCAGGUGGCGCUGCACCUACAGGAGGAGAUGCAGCAGGGAAUCAACCAGCUGAUGCAGACCCUGGCGCAGCAGAGCAGCCAGCUGCACAUGAGCGCUCAGACUACCAACGUGCCUGUACAGACCGAUGCGCUGAUUGUCUUGCAGCGCGAGGCUAUGGCCACUGACGCCCGGAUCCGCAGUGAAUACACGCAGUACAUCCAGGUGCAGGCAACUCAGAUUAUGCACCUUGAGGCAAAGCUAGACCCGGUGAUCCGCGAUAUGGUUCUGCGCGACGGCGCGGUUUUAGCCCUAGGCUUCAUUAAGCAGCAGCUGGAGCAGCUCAACACCCAGAUUGCCUCCGAAGGCCAGCAGCAGCAACAGCCUUCGGCACCUGUUUCUGCUCCCGAGCCAGAGACACCUGCUCGUACAGUCCCUGCCCCUACUACGGAGCCUGUUGUGGAGGAGGUCGCUGCUGUUCAGCCCGCUGCUGAGUCUGAGACCAAGGAGGAAGUUGAGAAGCAAGCUCCGGAUGUUUCUGCAGCAGUCGAUGCUAUUGGCGAGGAUCUGAAGGAGGCGUCUAUCGAAGAAAAGACUGAGAAGACUGAGAAGCCCAAGGAGAAGGCGAGCGCGGAGGCAGACAUGGAGACCGCCGAGGCUGAGCCUGCGACUGAGAACACGAAGGCCUCAAAGAAGGCGCCCAAGCAGGCUGCUGCCAAGACCAAGAAGGCCGCCGCUGUUCCCAGCGCAAUUCAGACCAGCAAGCCAACUGAGCCAAAGUCUCCGACUGCCUCAGUCCCAGCCACUCCGUCCACCCCGGUGAGCCCCGCCCCGUGGUCCAAGACGGCGUCGGCCAAAAAGCAGCCCAAGAAGUCGCUGCUGCAGAUCCAGCAGGAGGAAGAGGAGGCCAUGAAGAAGCGCCAGAAGGCCGAGAACCAGCAGCGGGCCAAGCUGAUGUCGACCCGCGGCUUUGGCUCCAGCUACGCCGAGCGCCUCAACAGCAGCGCCGGAUCCGCGUCUAGGCACGCGCUCGCUGGCCGAGAUCAUGGCCGAGCAGUCCAAGGAGUCGGAGGCUGUUGCUGCUGUCAACGCUGCAAAUGCUGCCGCUGCCAACGUGGCUGCUGUUGCCAGCGCCGUGCCAGCGCUGCCGCCGCCGAGGCCCGCAAUGCACCGAUCGUCACUCUGACCGGUGGUCCUGCCUGGGGCAAUGCCUCUGGAUCACCCACUACCUCAGCCCUCUCGCUCUCGGCUGCCGCCAGCCCGAUCGCCGCUAAGAGCCCUAUUGCUGCCAAGCCAGCCACUGCAGCCAAGGUGGUCGUCAGCAGCCUCGGUCCCGCUCUGCCGUCUAUGGACUUCCUCGAGUGGUGCCACUCGCGUCUGAGCGGUCUGCGGGGCAUCGACGCCAACAAGUUCAUUGAGAUGCUGCUGACGUUCCCGCUGCACGCGCCCGAAUCAACGCUCGAGAUUAUUGCUGAGCAGGUGUACGCGUACUCGACCACUCUUAACGGCCGUGCGUUUGCCGAGGACUUCUGCCGCCGCCGUCGCGCCGACCACACCGCUGUGAAGCACGGAAAGCUGAGCAGCGCGCCGGCCAACUGGGGCCAGAUCGUGGGCUUCAGCAGCGCUAGCCGCUCCAAGGGCCGUUAUAACGAGGACACGGUCCGCUCGGCGGGACCAGCUGCUGGCGGCGACGAGUUCUUCCAGGUUGUCAAGAAGGGCCGCCGCUGA